AUGAGCACCAUUACAACAACAACUAAUGCUACAACUACAACGACUUUCAGUUCCACCAUUAACCCGUUGGUAACUGAAAACCAAAUAUCUGCUCGUAUUAAUACAACUGCGGAAAAAUUUAAAAAAUGGGAUCCUAGAGACCAUAUCCCAUCAACUGUGCAACAAUUACUAAAUAAACCAUCAUCGAACUAUAGAUUGGCCUUUCUAAAUGUGAUCCAACAACUUAAAAUUCAAAAGAGAACAGGUUGGUUAGACUAUGGUAUGACUGAAUGCGAAAGUAUUGCUGAUCACAUGUAUAGAAUGAGUUGUAUUUGUAUGAUGAUAACGAAUCCAUUAGUAAACAGAGACAAAUGUAUGAGGAUCGCUUUGGUCCAUGAUAUGGCAGAAUCUAUAGUUGGUGAUAUUACACCUGUGAAUCCAAUCGGAAAAAAGGAAAAAAGUAGAAGAGAAUGGGAGACUAUUAAGUAUAUAUGUGAGGAUUUAGUAAAACCAAUAAGUCCCUUGACAUCAAAAGAGAUUAUGGAAGAUUGGUUAUCUUAUGAGAAUGUUAGUUCAUUGGAAGCAAGAUACGUUAAAGAUAUUGACAAGUAUGAAUUACUUGUUCAAUGUUUUGAAUAUGAACAACAAUUUCAAGGUACAAAAAAUUUUGAUGAAUUCUUUCAAGCUGUAGAAUUAAUUAAAACUGAAGAAGUCAAAAAAUGGGUAAACGAAUUAACAACAUUAAGAGAUGAGUAUUUUAAAUCAUUAAAAAAUUAA